AUGGAUCAAGAUGUCGGAAGCAUUAUAUUACAAAAUGCUCCAAAAAAUGAAAUGAUAUGUUGUCAGAAAAUUCAAAAAGAUAUUGUUGAUGCUUGUGCAAAAGAAAAAAUCAAAGCUAUCAUUGAAGACUUGGAUGGAGAUUUUUUUGGGAUACUAGUUGAUGAUUCAAAAGAUAUAUCACACAAGGAGCAAAUGGGACUUAUUCUGGAGACAAUCUAUUCUUUUCUUUCGAACCACUCAUUAAGUCCAUCCCAAGUACGUGGUCAAGGAUAUGAUGGUGCUAGUAACAUGCAAGGAGAACUAAAUGGUCUUAAGAAUUUAAUUCUGUGUGAUACUCUGUCUGCAUAUUCCACUUAUUAUUUUUCUCACCAAUUGCAGUUGACACUUGUGGCUCUUGAGAUGAAGAAUUCAGAUAAAUUAGAGAACUUCAUUGAUAUAUUUCCAUCAAUUCUUUAUGUUCUUGAAUUUGCUGCAUUUCUAAAGAAGACAAAUUCCUUGAAUUCUUCAUUACAAAAUAUGGAUCAAGAUAUUGUCAAUGCUAUGGGGUUGCUCAAUACUGCAAAGCAAGAAUUACAAAUGAUGAGGGAAAGUGAAUGGCAAUCAUUACUGGAUGAUGUCUUUUCUUUUUGUGAUAAACAUGAGAUAUUGAUCCUGAAGAUAGAUGCUCGCUACAUUCUUGGGAAGUCCAAACAUAGAGCUCUUGAUAUUACAUAUUCACAUCAUUUUCGUGUCGGAUUUUUUUAUGGCGUUAUUGAUUUUCUGCUUCAGGAGCUUAAUAGUCGUUUCAAUGUUCCGAAUGAGUUUGAUAACAAGAAGCUUCGAGAUCUCAGUUGCCAGCUUGAUAAUUUCAUUGUUUAUGUUCGAGGUUCUGAUAAGAGAUUUUUCAAUAUAAAGGGAAUUACUGAUCUUGCUAAUGCAUUGGCUCAAUCAGAACUGCAUCAGACUUGGCCACUUGUUUAG